AUGGCCGCCGUGUGCAUAGUCCUGAUCAUCAACAUUGCGAUCCUUGGCUGGGUAGUCCAGAAAGAUCACGAAGAUGGCAUCACGGUGAUCUAUGAAGGCUCAAACAAAGACGCCGGCACAGUCUGUGUGACCGGUGCUCGGAAUUUGUUUCGCAUCGAUAUAUGGCGUGGCAUACUAUCGGUGUGCCUGGCCCUGAGCUCUGUCCCACUGUCACUGUUCUACAACUCCGUGGUCUUCACAUCCCCGGCGGCUGCCGAUUACUUGGCAGUAUUGGUGAGCCCGGAAUUCCUAGACGGCGGAGCCUACUGCGCGAAGCCCAAUGGCGAUAACGGUUGGGACCACAAUACGAGUCUGAUUGAGACCUUGCAGAGCAAUCACAACUCUCUCGGACACAUGAACACAGCUGAGUGCCGAAAGGCAUAUGAUGUCCCAGUCCAGAGCGGUUGGUCUCAUGUCCUUUUGGUUUCUGACUACCACAGUCCAAACGACACUGUCAUAUACACCUUCUGGCAGUCGACCGCCCAAGGUCAGCCUGCAUCCCCAGGCUGGAUUGUGGGUGACUCAGACGAUUGGGCGUUCGAAGAGCCGUUGUGUAAUGGCACAUUCACAUAUGACUGGAAUGCACUCGGAGGUGGCGGAAUGCCGGAAACCUGCACGAGCGAUACAACUUACGACCCAAGCAACAGCCUUCAGCGCCGCCAGUUCCCAGACGAUACUUUGAACACUACCGCAACCACACCAACUUCGUCUAGUACAGAGUCGCCGAGCACAACGAAAUUUAGUGGAGGCUUCUGGACACCCCCUGCUGCAAGCUCUACAUGGCCAGCGGGUCGGGCACAAGUGGACGUACAAUAUUGCUUGGCCCUGGCAAGCCCAAACCUCGCCAGCGAAGUAAACAUCAGUAUCACUUUCCCGGCCGUAGUUAUUGCCUUCAACAUCGUCAAGCUUCUGUGCUUGCUCGGUACGCUCCUGCUACCACGCUUCGAUCCACUUGCCACCAUAGGCGAUGCUAUCGCAUCCUUUCUCGGUGCGGCAGAUCUACAUACAGAGCAUCAAGGUCUACUGAACCAUAGGCAGGUGACAUCAAGAGAAUGGCGGAAGCAUAGCGCAAACCCCGGGCCAACAAAGCCUCGGAAGUGGUUGCAGCCACCGCUCAUGCUAUGCAGAACUGUGAGCCCUGGAAAGUGGCUGCUCAACCUCAGCAUCAUCGUCGUGGUCUUUGUCGGCGGACUUGCCAUGCUGUAUGUUGGCUUUCACUGGGGUAAAUGGGAUGCAGGCUUCUGA